AUGCCGUCGCUCACCUUCGACGGCCGCGAGGUCAUCGUCACCCUGCCGGCGGCCUACGAGAAGGACGCGCGCGCGACCUGGCCCACGGUCUACGUCUGCGAGAGCGACGGCGAGCUCUCGGGCGCCUUCGCGGAGGCGGCCCGCGCCGGCAAGGAGGCCAUGGUCGGCGUGCCGGGCCGCAACUGGUACCCCGAGUUCAUCGUCGUGGGCAGCAGGUGCGAGGCCUACCGGCCGCCGGACUUCCGGCGGACCGCGGACCUCGUGCGCGUCGUCGAGGGCAAAUUCCGCGUCAAGCCCUACGCGAGCGGCCGCGCCGUCGUCGGCUUCGGCGAGCACGCGCCCGUCGCGGCGCUCGCGCCGCCGUUCGACGCCGUCUUCGGCUGGGUCCUCAUCGGGUCGCCGCCCGCGGCGCCCGCGGGCGCGGAGAAUGCGAGCAUCCACAAAGAAGGCGGCGUCUACAUCUGCCAGGGCGCCGACGAGUCGGAGCCCCGGAGGACCUGGGCGGCGUCGCUCUUCGCGGCGCUGGCCCGGACGCGGGGCGCGGCGGCGAGGAAGACCGUCGUCAAGGUCGACUGCACCACGGGCGAGCAGACGCAGCAGGACGCCGUCCUCGCCGCGCCGGCGGCGGGGCUCGACCGCCUCGCGCACGACCUCGUCCCGGGCGCGGCCUUCAAGGACGCGCUCCGGCCCUUCGCGACGCGCGGCGCGGCCUGGCUCGCCGCGCACCACGAGAAGCAGACGGCGACCUUCGGCGCGUCGACGACGACGUCCUUCGGCGGCUUCCCGCCCGCGGGCGGCGCGGCGCCCGCCUUCGGCGCGGCCCCGGCCUUUGGGGCCCCCGCGGCGCAGCCGGCCUUCGGCGGCUUCGGCGCGCCGCCGUCGACGCCCGCGGGCCAGCAGCCCGGCGCGAGCCUCUUCGGCGGCGGCGGCGGCGCGACGAGCGCCUUCGGCGCCGCGCCGCAGACGUCCGCCUUCGGCGCGCCCGCGCAAGCGUCCGCGUUCGGCGCGCCCGCGAAGACGCCCUUCGGCGCCGCGGCGCCCGCGGGCGGCAUGUUCGGCUCGGCCGCGGCCCCGGCGACGCCCGGCGGCGCCUUCUCCUUCGGCCAGCCCGCGGCCGCGAGCCCCUUCGGCGCGGCCGCGGCGCAGAAGACGUCGCCCUUCGGCGCGCCCGCGGCGUCGGCGUUCGGCGCGCCCGCGACGUCGGCCUUCGGCGGCGCGGCGGGCGCCUUCGGCGCGGCGGCCCAGGCCGCCGGGCCGGGCACGGGCAACCCGCCCUACGUGCCCACCAAGGACAACGAGCAGCAGACGAACGGCAAGCGCACGGAGAUGGUCUACCACUGCGUCGUGUCCAUGCCCCAGUACCGGGGCAAGUCCUUCGAGGAGCUGCGCUUCGAGGACUACCGCGCGGGCAACAAGGGCCGCGGCGGCCAGCCGGCCAUGGGCGCCCUGGGGGGCGCGGCCGCGUUCGGCCAGCCCGCGGCCGCGCCGUCGGCGUUCGGCGCGCCCGCGCCCGCGCCGGGCGGCUUCGGCGCGCCGUCGGCCUUCGGCGCCGCGCCCCCGGCGCCCGGCGCGUCGACGUUCGGCGCGUCGCCGGGCCUCUUCGGCGCCGCGGCCGCGGCGUCGCCCCUCGGCGGCGGUCUGGGGGGCCUCGCGGCGCCGCCCCAGGCGUCGCCGGCGGCGCUGAGCCUCAAGACGGACCCCUACGGCGCGGGCCUGUCGAACAGCGGCCUCGGCGCCGUCGAGCGCGGCUUCGCGGCGCUCGAGCGGCGCGGCGCGGCGCUCGAGGCGCGGCUCAAGGACGUCGUCGGCGUGUCGGAGACGGCCGCGGCGGGGCUCGAGGAGCGGACGGCGGACCGCGCGGCGCUCAUGGCGGACACGCGGCGCGCGGCGACGGGCCUCGGCCUCGACGCGCCGGGCGGCCGCCGCGCGCUGAGCUUCGGCGGGUCCCUGGGCCUCGGGGGCGCCCGGGUCGCGCCGCGCGGCGACCACACGCCGAGCCGCGCGGCGCGGCCGUCGCUCGCGACGCCGUCCAAGGACGCCGCGCCGUCGCCGUCGGCGUUCUUGAGCCUGAGCCACCGGCGCCUCGUCAUCGACCCGGAGGCGCGGUCGACGCCCGGGCGCCGCACGUCGCGGCCCUUCGGGGGCGACGCGCCCUCGAGCCACCCGGCCAUCGAGGCCGCGCCCGCGCCCGCGCCCGCGCUCCUCGGCCCGCCGCCGCCGCCGGUUUCCGGUUUAGCCGCGCCGCCGACGCUGCUGGCGCUGUCGCCCAACGGCGGGCCGCCGCCGGCGUCCGCGCGGAGCUCGACGUCGGCGGCGCCGACGUCCGUAUCGCUGCGCCCGCCGCCCACGGCGUCGCGCCGGUCCAUGGACGACACGCCGGGGCCGAACCGCUUCGUGUCCGCGUUCGGCGAGUCGUCGCGCGCGUCGUCGACGCCGUCGCAGCAGCUCGACCGCGUCUUCGCGGAGAACGGGAGGAGCCCGGGGGGCGGCAUCGCCCUGUCGGACAAGCCGCCGGGCGACGAGGCCGCGCGCGAGCCCUCGCGCGAGGCCGGCGACCCGCUCGACGACGACGACGUGAACCCGAACGCGCCCAAGCUCGUCAAGGUCGGCUUCGUCACGGAGCCGUCCAUGGCGACGCUCGAGAAGAUGUCCGACGACGAGCUCGCCGCCGUCCACGGCUUCGCGGUCGAGCGGCCCGACUACGGCCGCGUCGAGUGGCUCGGCCGCGUCGACGUCCGCGGCGUCGACCUGGACCGCGACGUGCGCAUCUGCGAGCGCGACGGCCCGCCGGAGGUCGAGGUCUACGACGACGGCGACGCGCUCUCGAAGCCGCCCGUCGGCUCCAAGCUCAACCGCGCGGCCGUCGUGACUCUGCACAAUGUGGGACCGGCUAGGCCGGACCUCGCGUCCGACGACGACCGCUCCAAGUGGCGCAAGCGCGUCGAGAAGGCGACGAAGAAGAUGGGCGCGGCGCUCGUCGACUACGACGUCGCCGCCCGCGAUGUGGAGAUGCAGGCCGCGGCCACGGAGCUGCCCACGGUCCACGCGACGGUCGUGCCGCCGUCGCAGCCCAUCGUCGUCGCCGCCCAGCCCGUGCCCGUGACGGCGCAGAUCGUCGGGCAGCCCCCGGGCGCGCCGCCCGGCGGCUUCGUCGUCGCGGCCGCGGCGGCCCCGCGGCCGGCCCCCGGCCGCUGGAUCGUCUCGACCUUCGAGCCCCUCUGCGACGGCUUCAGCUGCUGCGGCCCGCCCGAGCACAAGGCGUCCUGCCAGCUCUGGUGGUGCGCGUGCUGUCUGCCGUGCGUCGUCAUCGGCCAGCUCAGCGAGCGCGUCGUCCGCAAGGGCUCGUACCGCGGCACGUUCUGGCUCUUCGGCGCGUUCGUGCUCGGCGAGAUCGUCAAGAUGGCCAUCGGCCCCCUGGGCCUCGCGCCCUUCUACUCGCUCGAGCUCGCCAUCGACCUCCUGGUCUGGGCCAUCUACGCGCACUACCUGCUGAAGAUCCGCGCGCGCAUCCGCGAGCGCGACCAGAUCCCGGACGACGGCAGCCUCGCCGAGUGCUGCUGCGCCUACUGGUGCAACCCCUGCGUCCUCUGCGCGACGGCGGGCCACGACCUCAAGGUCGCCGGCCAGCUCUACGCGCCGACGGAGAACGGACAGAUGGGCGGCCGGACGCUCAGCUGCUGCUAA